UUUGACAACGAGAUUUGAGGUUAAACGUUUGAUUUUUGUUGGGAAUCAAACAAAAAAUAAAUAAUUAACAGUAAUUAUGUAUGUAUAUAUUUUGUAACUAGUUUGUGCAGUUAUGAGCUAUUGUAAAAUAUUAAGAUCUAAUCUUAACUUUCAAAAAGCACACUUAAGUUCGUGUCAAGUGCAGUUUCGACAUUGUUUAAAGCCGGCAUUGGGAAGACAAAUAUUAUAUUCUCCCUGUGGUCCCCUUUUAAUUUACUUAAAUAAUAGACAGUUCACGUUUAAAAGUACCGUAGAAGAUUUGGCUAAAACUCAGGCUGGUAUCUUUAAGUCAAUUUCUGAAAGUACUCCAGUGGGGUACAUUCAACAGUUUCUAGUAGAUGUUCAUGACAAAACUGGCCUUCCUUGGUGGGCUUCAAUUGUACUUACGACAAUUAUAUUUAGAACAUGCAUUACUGUGCCAUUAGCUGUAUAUCAACAGUACAUCCUUGCAAAAAUCGAGAAUAUAAACCUAGAAAUGAAAGGAUUAGCUGAGGAGCUCAAAAAGGAAUUAGCAGUUGCAAUAAAAUUGUAUAAUUGGGACGAAAGACAAGCAAAAUUUCAUUUUAGAAAAUCAAUAAAGAAGCAGUGGAAUAAUUUAAUAGUCAGAGAAAAUUGCCAUCCAUUUAAGGCAGGACUUCUAAUGAUAUUUCAAAUACCUUUAUGGAUUUGCCUUUCAGUGUCUCUCAGAAAUCUUGUAUAUAUGUUACCAAAUAGAGAUUUGGGUGCUGAAUUAAAUUUUAUUGGUCUUACUGUUGGUGGAUUUGGCUGGAUUCCUAAUCUUACUGUAUCUGAUUCAACCUUUAUUUUUCCUGUUACAUUAGGAUUACUGAAUUUAGCCAUAGUAGAAGUUCAGAUGUUAUCAAGAAGAAAUGUACCUUCAAAGUUUCAAAAAGGAAUAACAAAUUUAUUUAGAGGUUUAAGUGUGCUAAUUAUUCCUGUGUCUGCUUGUGUCCCUUCGUGUCUUAUUUUGUACUGGACAACAUCUACUGCUUUUGGAUUGAUUCAAAAUUUAACUUUAUUGUCUCCUACAGUUAGGAGGUUCUGUGGGAUUCCACAGGCACCUAGCGAGCUAGCAAAGCCUUACAGUCACAUCACACUGGGCUUAAAAAGUCGAUUUAAUGUUCUGAAAGAAUUUUCAGUAUUAAAUACUUUUAAAAAUAAUAAAAUAAAAUAGCUUUUAUUUAUAUGCA